CUCACUGCGCAUGUGCGAAUGGGGGGGGGGGCAGAGGCAGACCAGGCAGUUCGCAGGUGGCGCCGGGGCAAAGGUGCAGAGACCAUGAGCAGAGCUCAUCAGCCGCCUCCCGAAGAAAGGCCUGCAAACCUGGAGCUGCCCAGGACUCCCCCAGGGAGGCUGGGGGAGAGCAUGGAGCUCUGGGAGGCCUUUGAGGACGUGGCUGUGUAUUUCGCUUGGGAGGAGUGGGAGCUGCUGGAAGAGGCAGACAAGGGGCUUUACCGCGACCAGAUGCUGAGGAACUUUCAAGCCCUCGUUUCCCUGGGAUAUCAAGGCCCCACACCCGACUUAAUCAGCUGCAUCCAGCAAGGACAGGAGGAGCUCUGGGUCUGUGGUGAUGAGGACCAUGGGAAAAUGUCAAGCUCUGAGGACCUGUGGCUAGGAGGUGCCUGGCUGCUGAGCAGAGCAGAGGAAGGACCUGCAAGCCUGGAGCCACCUGGGAUUACCCCAGGGAGAUUGGGUAAGACGGAGUCCCUGAGACCUGAGUCAUUGGUUGUUCUUAAGAGCCAGGGGAGGCCCCAAAAGCAGAGGGAGGAUGUAGCACUGAACCAGGUGCCAUCUGUCCUUGGGUGUGAGAGUGGAGAAGGAACACAUUCCAGAGAGAGCCCUGGGCACAGGGAAGGACUUGUGGAGUUGAAGAGCCAUGAGGCAAAGUUGCACUGGACAGAGACCCCGCAUACGAGCCAAGCCAGCGGGGAGUGCCUCAAGGGGAAGCAGGAGCUCACCACCAAGCCCAGAGGCAGAGGCCACCCCUGCCCUGAGUUUUGGAAAAGCUUUAGUUUCCCCUCACUCCUGGCUCUCCGCAAGAUGCGCUACGCUGGGGCAAAGCACCACCUGCGCGCCAAGUGUGGGAAGAGCUUCACCUGUUUCUCAGCCCUAGCCGCUCAUCGCAAGAUCCAUCCUGAAGAGGUCCCCCACCACUUAACCAGAUUUCGGAGGAGCUUUGUGUGGCAUUCAGAGGUAAGAAAUCGCCAACAUCUGCACAGGGAAAAGCGUCAGUACCAUUGUGCCACAUGUGGCAAAACCUUCACUCAUUUCUUCUCCCUGGCUCAGCACUGGCGCCUCCAUGCAAGGGAUAAACCACGUCGGUAUCUUGAAUGUGGGAAAAGCUUCACUUGUUCCACCAACCGGGCACAGCAACAGCGCAUCCACAAAGGGCAGAAGGCACACCAGUGCUCUGAAUGUGGGAAGAGCUUCACUCAAUCCUCCCACCUGGCCAACCACCAGCGUAUCCACACAGGGGAAAAGUCACAUAAGUGCUUUGAGUGUGGGAAGAGUUUUACCCGCCCCUCCAGCCUGGCCAACCACCAACGCAUCCACACAGGGGACAAGACACAACAGUGCUCAGAGUAUGGGAAGAGAUUCAGCGACUCCUCCAGCCUGGACAACCACCACCACAUCCACACAGGGGAGAAGCUGCAUCAGUGCUCUGUGUGUGGGAAGAGAUUCAGAGAAUCCUCCAGGUUGACCAACCACCAGCUCAUCCACGCAGGGAAGAAGCCACAUAAGUGCUUUGAGUGUGGGAAGAGCUUUACCCGCUCCUCCAACCUGGCCAACCACCAGCUCAUCCACACAGGGGAGAAGCCACAUAAGUGCUUUGAGUGUGGGAAGAGUUUUACCCAAUCCUCCACCCUGGCCAACCACCAGCGCAUCCACACAGGGGAGAAGCCACAUCAGUGCUCAGAGUGUGGGAAGAGAUUCAGCAACUCCUCCAGCCUGGCCAACCACCACCGUAUCCACACAGGGGAGAAGCCGCAUCAGUGCUCUGUGUGUGGGAAGAGAUUCAGAGAAUCCUCCAGGUUAACUAAACACCAACGAAUCCACACAGGGGAGAAGCCACAUAAGUGCUUUGAGUGUGGGAAGAGCUUUACCUACUCCUCCAGCCUGGCCAACCACCAACGCAUCCAUAUAAGAGAGAAGCCACAUCAGUGCUCAGAGUGUGGGAAGAGAUUCAGUGAAUUCUCCAGCCUGACCAAACACCAGCGUAUCCACACAGGGGAGAAGCUACAUCAGUGCUCUGAGUGUGGGAAGAGAUUCAGCGAAUCCUCCAGCCUGACAAGCCACCAGUGCAUCCACACAGGAGAGAAGCCACAUCAGUGCUCUGAUUGUGGGAAGAGCUUCACCCAGUCCUCCAGCUUGACCAUCCACCAGCACAUCCACACAGGGGAGAAGCCAUAUCAGUGCUCUGAGUGUGGGAAGAGAUUCCUCCAGUUCUCCUACCUGACCAAACACCAGCGCAUCCAUACAGGGGAGAAGCCAUAUCAGUGUUUUGAGUGUGGGAAGAGCUUCACCCAGUCCUCCAACCUGGCCAGCCACCAGCGCAUCCACACAGCGAAGAAGGCACACCAGUGCUCUGUGUGUGGGAAGAGCUUCACUCAGUCCUCCUACCUGGCCAGCCACCAGUGCACCCAUACAGGGGAGAAGCCACAUAAGUGCUUUCAGUGUGGGAAGAGCUUUACCCGCUCCUGCAGCCUGGCCAACCACCACCGCAUCCACACAAUGGAGAAACCACAUCAGUGCUCUGAGUGUGGGAAGAGAUUCAGUGAAUCCUCCAGCCUGAGCAAACACCAGCGCAUCCACACAGGGGAGAAGCCACAUCAGGGCGCUCAGUGUGGGAAGAGCUUCACCCAGUCCUCCAGCCUGACCAGCCACCAGUCCAUCCACACAGGGGAGAAGCCACAUCAGUGCUCUGAGUGUGGGAAGAGAUUUCUUCAGUUCUCUUACCUGGCUAAACACCAGCGCACCCAUACAGGGGAGAAGCCAUAUCAGUGUUUUGAGUGUGGGAAGAGCUUCACCCAGUCCUCCAACCUGGCCAGCCACCAGCGCAUCCACACAGGGGAGAAGCCACAUCAGUGCUCUGUGUGUGGGAAGAGAUUCAGCGACUCCUCCAGCCUGGACAAACACUACUACAUCCACACAGGGGAGAAGCCACAUAAGUGCUCUGAAUGUGGGAAGAGCUUCACCUGUUCCUCCAGCCUGAUCAUACACCGACGCAUCCACACAGGGGAGAAUCCACAUAAGUGCUCUGACUGUGGGAAGAGCUUCACCUGUUCCUCCAGCCUGGCCAUACACCAGCGCAUCCACACAGGGGAGAAGCCACAUCAGUGCGCCGAGUGUGGGAAGAGCUUCACCUCUUCCUCCAAUCUGAGCAUGCACCGGCGCAUCCACACAGGAGAGAAGCCACAUCAGUGCGCUGAGUGUGGGAAGAGCUUCACCUCUUCCUCCAAUCUGAGCAUCCACCGGCGCAUCCACACAGGAGAGAAGCCACAUCAGUGCGCUGAGUGUGGAAAGAGCUUCACACAUUUCUCCAGCCUGACCAGCCACCAGCGCAUCCACACAAGGGAGAAGCCACAUCCGUGCUCUGAGUGUGGGAAGAGAUUCAGUGAAUCUUCCAGCCUGACCAGACACCAGUGCAUCCACUCGGGGAAGAAGCCACACCAGUGCUCUGUGUGUGGGAAGAGCUUCAUCCAGUCCUCCAACUUAACCAAACACCAGCGCAUCCAUACAGGGGAUAAGCCACAUUAGUGCUCUAAGUGUGCAAAGUGCUUCACAGAGUCCUCCAGCCUGACCAGCCACCAGCGCUUCCACACAGUGGAGAAGCCACAUCUAUGCUCUGUGUGGGAAGAGCUUCAUCCAAUCCUUCAACUUGGCCCUACACCAGUGCAUCCACACAAGGGAGAAGCCACAUCAGUGCUCUGUAUGUGGGAAGAGAUUCCUCCAGUUCUCCCGCCUGACCAGACACCAGUGCAUCCAUACAGGAGAGAAGCCACAUCACUGCUCUGUGUGGGAAGAGUUUCAGCCGUUCCUCUAACCUGGCCAUCCACCAGCCUAUCCACACAGGUGAUAAGCUGCAUCAGUGCUCUGUGUGUGGGAAGAGCUUCACCCAGUUCUGCCACCUGGCCAUACACCAGCUCAUCCACACAGGGGAGAAGCACAUCAGUACUCUGAGUUUGGGAAGAGCUUUACCUGCUCCUCCAGCAUAUUUCCAGCCUCUUUGCGAUACCACGUGGCUAAGAAGCCACACCCUCACCUCUUAUGAUGUAAAACCAUGUUGAUGUGGGAUUGGUGCCAACUUCACCAGCUCCCAUUUUUAAUACUGGAAGCAGUGGCAAAUUGGGUGUUCUUAGGCAUUCUUUGGCAAUAGUUUGCUCUCUAUCUGAUGUCAAGCAGUGCCCGCCCCUGGGGGCUAUUUUAACUAGGGUUACCAUAUCUCCAGGAUUUCCUGAACACGUCCUCUUUUUAGAUCUUCCAAUGUCAGUCUGGGUGGUUCUUUUAAAUAUGAUCAUUAAAAAAAAAAAUUUCCAGGACUUUGGUCAGCUCAGCUUCAAAGUCUUUCCUGGCACUUUCUGGCUUGCCCUAGGCAAGGGGUUGCCUGGGGCUGGGGAAGAGAGGAUGUUUGGGGGCAGAAUGUGCACACAUGGUGGUCAGCAUGUAGCCAAGCAGGGGGUUGGGAGGACCCCAUCAGCUGAAUAAAGGUAAGUCUGUAGGGGAGGUGCCUGCCCCUCUAGCAGCGGAAAAGAACUGGGUAGCCUUUCAGGGGCAGCAGCAAGCUCUGUGGCUGGCUUGGUGGCACUGUGGCCAGUGCCUGCGCGAGCAGAGGGCUUUGGUUCAGGAGUGAAAGACACCGGCAGGACUGGGCGGGCUGUGGGUUGGGAGUGACAGGCACUUGGGCAGGGGACUGUGUGGCAGGGUGAGGCACUGGCAGUAGGUGAGGAGUGAGGGGACCACCAGAGACAGGGUGGGUCUUUGGAUUGGGAGUGAGGGGCACCAGCAUAGCCCAUUGGUCAAUGUAUUGUGCUUUGGGAGUGAGGAGCACUGUAAGGGCUGAGAGCUGUGGGUCAAGAGUGAGGGGAACAGGAUGGGGAGGGCUAUAGUUUGGGAGUGAGGGGCAACAGAAUGGGCAGGGCCCUAGCAUAUCAUUGUCACCCUCACAGUCGUAUACCACUGCACCUCUCUGCAUGGUAGGUAUCCUCUUUUUUGGAACUGGGAAUAUGAUAACCCUCUUUUAAUAUAGGACUGGCUACGGCCCUUUCCACACUUGAAGUGUUUCUGCGGUCUUUCUGAAGCCACAGCCAUCUCAGGCUAGCAGCUUUGCAUUGCCUGGCAAAGAGGUUCAGCUUGAACCUUAACUAAGGUAAAAUGGAGGCAUGCAAUGCCUAACUGUUGGUCUUCGAUGGCACCAUCUUGACAUGGGUUUGGGCUGGGUGGAUAUAACAAGAAACCGUCACCUUAUUCAGACCGAAAAAUGCCCAAUGGGCCCCAAAGCUGCGCCCGAGGUCAGAUAGCAGGAGGCUUUGCCUCUCUAGCCCUUAGUUGGCAUGGGGGACUGUGAGGGGUCACAGCAGGGCAUGCCCCUGGGAACAGCUCCCAGCCUGACCAAUGACCCAUGUUCUGAGGCAAAGUCUGUGCAGCUUGACCAUCUACACCAAGCUGAGGUGAUUGGGUCCCCAAAUGGGUGUCACCCUCAAUGGUUGGAAGGAGCUCAGAGCAGCAAGAGCAGACUAAUUUUUGCACCUUCUCAGCCAUCAUCAUCAUCGUCAGUGUUCAAAUAAUGCCUUUUUCUGGUUGGAACCAGGUGAUGAGGUCAGAAAAGUUAUAAAGGGUCAGGACACCAGGUCUGGGAGGUCACUCCCUCCUAGUCUGGGAGGUUUUUUAAACAGCCUGAAGAAGGAACCUCAGGCUGCCACCUGCAUGAAUCAUUGAGUAUGCCUGAAGACUAGUUUAGGAAGCAAGAUCCAAGUAAAUUGAGACACGUGUUAAAGGAGUCACUAAACUCAAUAUUGGAUGAGACUCGGUUCUGUUUUGCUCAGGGUGCUUUCUCUUAACUUCCUUUGUCACACCCCUUUCCUCACUUUCUCCCAAGUCAAUAAAAAGCUGUCUGGCUCA